AUGGCUUAUAUGCACAUUUCUAUGAGGAGCAGCCCGCUAAAGGGGUUUAUCCAUCCAUUCCUUUCGUAUUUCUUCUACCUUCAUAACCUCAUAUUACGGAUAAACGGUCAAAAGCAGACUCAGAUAGUUACGAAAACCUCAUGUCCGACAACAACAGCAUUCCGGAGGGUAGACUCGGAAGCUCAGCUUGAUCUAGAUUAUCAUGCGCGGUACUGGUGGAGAUCUUCAGGAUACGCACUGGCUGUUCUGCUUGAAAAGGCGGGAUACUCUAGCCAUGCGCAGUACGACAUAUUAAAAUUCGUCAAGGCGAUUACACCCAGCCUAGGCGCUGCUUACGCGCCUGGAAGACAGCGUUGGAAGAGCUUCAUGACGGAUGAUCACAAUCCCAUAGAGCUGAGCUGGGAUUGGCGUACGGGUGGUAAAUCGCCCAAGAUACGAUUUUCUAUCGAACCUGUCGGUGUUCACGCGGGCACUUAUCUCGAUCCCAAUAACCAGUACGCCGCCUCUGGGCUCCUAAAGUCGAUGCUGCAGCUACUCCCCGAAGCAAACAUGAAGUGGCUUUCCCACUUCCGGCUAAGGCUAAGCGGCGAGGAGGCAAUGGGUUCGGUAGAAGGUCACCAGUCGAAGGAAUUCUACGCCUUUGACUUAGGAGAAGAGGGCGUCAUAAGUAAAGCUUACUUCUUCCCCGGAUUCAAGGCGAGGGCAACGCGACAAUCCAACUUUGAUGUCAUAUCCGAUACGAUCCAGACUGCACCUGGCAGCUCACCAGAAAAGCUUCAAGCUCUGAAGGUGUUCCAAGAGUACGUCUGUGAUCCGUCGAGUCCGCAUCUAGAGAUGGACAUGUUGGCUAUAGAUCUCGUGGAUCCAGCCGAGUCCCGCUUCAAGAUCUACUUUCGGAUCCGCGAUACCAGCUUUGCCUCUGUCAGGGCUGCUAUGACUUUGGGGGAUCGAGUUCGGUUACCGGAUAUGGAGCGAGGCCUAGAGGAUUUACGGUCGAUAUACCAUGCACUAUUGGGCAAGGGUCCGAAUCAAGAUGGUGAUGACGCGCAACUCCCCGCUAAGGAUCAUCGAACAGCUGGUAUCCUCUAUAAUGUGGAGUUCAGGUACGGAAGCAAAAGUCCCAAGGUUAAGGCUUACUUACCUGUCCGGCACUACGCCCGAAGCGAGGAAGCCAUCAUGUCGGCGGUUGAUGCGCAUCUGCGUGGAGUCAGCCCCCUGUCUAAAGUAAACAUGGUUAACUAUCGGAGUGCUAUGGGGACGAUAUUGUAA